AUGCAGCCAACUACAAUUCAAUUCAGCCCGGUCAAAGAGGGCCGCCACAUCCUCGGCGAGAAGGACUCCAACGCGUGUCUCUCCCCCGCCCCCCACGGCAAACAAUCCCUUUCGGUUACCAACACGCCCGUCAAACGGACUCUUUUCACGACGGUCUCGCCCAAGAAACUCCUCCCGUCUCCGAUUUUUGCAGGCCAAAAGCGAACGAGAGACCAGGUGGACGAGAUCGAUGUACACGACGCAUCCGUGCAGGCUCGCGUGGAGAGCCCAGUAUCCACCUUGAAACAUGAGACCCAACAACUGAGUCCAGAGUCGGACGCGAUGGAGAUCCCCCUCACAGCCCCAUCAUCACAACCGAAACGCGACCAACCCCAAGAAAUGGACACAACCAGAUCCCCCAGCGCGUCGCAAUUCUCGCAAUUCUCAGACACAGAAACAAGAUCAAUUCCCGAUGACCCCGAGGCGCGCAAAGUAUUCAUCCAAGAAAAAGCAGCUCUCCUCCGAAACAAACUCCAAACCGCCAUGCGCAAUGUAGCGGACCAUCAGAUUGACCGACGUAUCUCGGAACUAGAAGCACACAGUCGCAAAGUCCCCCGGCUCUCCUUUUCCGCCCUCUCUUCUUCUUCCCCGGUCACCUCGUUCCGCCACACCAUCACACCUUCUCAGCUGAAGACGCCGCGAAUUGGCUCGGGGGAAAUUUUGAGCUCGACCCCUUCCCAACAGACGCCGGAUCUUCCUCGACAGCCGUCGUCGGUCAUCCAGAGUACGAAUUACGCGAAGCGCUGCCAGCGGACGCCUCCUCGUACGUUGGGAUCGCCGAUGCAACUAAGCAGUCCCCCAGCUACGGGGGUCCGGUAUAGUCGGACCCGGGAUAUCACCCAAGGACUAGAUGUGGAGGAAGCACCUACAUCGCAUGACGGACUCUCGCCGUCGCAGCGAGGGGACGCGGUGGACGGGUUGCUCAAGCUCAUGAGCACGUCGGAUAGGCAUGAGAACCCGGAUGUAUGGAGCGGGUAG